AUGCCCCAGGACGCCGCCGGAACCGUGCUCAGGGAACGAUCGGUCGCCGACCGCGCCCGCGCGCCCGAACCCGCCGCGAGGAACUCCCCCGCCCAUCCUCCUCCUCCUCCUCCUCCCCCUCCCACGCGGCGUCGCGGCGCGUUCUUGCCCGCCCCGAGCGACGGCGGCAGGGUCCGCCGCUUCCUCGUGAGCCUCGCGAUGGGCGCCGCGGUCGCGGCGGUCUUCGAGGCCACCGCCGGCGACGACGGCGUCAUCCGAGCCUCGCGAUGGGCGCCGUCUCCGCGCCCCGACCCCCCCGCGCCCGCCGUCCAGACGCCCCCGCCCCCCGACGACGCCUUCGACCCGUGGGUGUUCGAUAAGGACCGGCGCAAGGUGGCCUUCUUGUUCGUGACCAAGACGGGCGAGCUGCCGCACGAUCACCUCUGGGCGCGUUUCUUCGCCGGCCAGGACCCUGACCUGUACGCGGUGCACGUCCACGUCCCGAGCGCGUUCGCGUUCGACGCGACAAACACCGCCGCCCCCGAGGUGUUCGCCGGAACCGAGGUCCGGUCCGUGCCGCCCUUCUUCGACGAUACCAAACCGCGCUCGGGGUCCACGGUGACGCGCGUCACGAAAGCCUUACUGCGCCGCGCGCUGCUGGACGAGGACGUCGCGAGGUUCGUCACGAUAAGCGACUCGUGCGUCCCGAUCCGGACGUUUCCCGAGCUCCGCGCGUACCUCCUCGACGGCGGCCAGGACCAAGGGAAGAACGUCGAACGAAGUUUCGUGGACUCGCGACUGGACCCGGCGCUGGCGCCAAAAGUUCGGGACGCCAUGCGAUCGCUCGGCGUUCCAAAGUUGGCGUGGAGGAAGGGUUCGAGUUGGUUCGCGUUGACCCGGCCGCACGCCAGGCUCGUCGCGGAGGACGUCAAGGUGUUCGACGCGAUCCUCAAAGGAUGCCGCGACGACAAUGAAAACGACGAUGAUAACGGCGAUGAUAAAAACGACGAUACAACUGACGAACGCGUCUGCGUCGUGGACGAUCACUACGUCCCGACGCUCCUCGCGUUCCACGGCAAGGAGCCGCACGUCGAGGUUCGAAGCGUGACGUACGAAAACUGGUGGCCGGUGACGCGGAGGCGCGCCAAGAGGUACGCGGUGCAGGAGGCCAAAGACGCGGUGCGCGUGAUUCGCGGUAAGUUUCUAUCCGACGAUCCGGUGAGAGACGGUAACAAAGACGUCGUCGGGGGAAGCGGCUCGCGGUCGUGCGGGUACUUUCGGGGCGGCGGGGACAGGGCCGGGACGCGGCGGCCGUGCUGGCUCAUCGCGAGGAAGUUCACGGCGCGCGCGGGUCGGCGGAUUGGCAAGUUCGCGGCAACCGCGGUGGGGUACUGA